GUCGAAGAGACGAUCCGGGUGAAUGGGUCUACGAAACUGGAGGUGAGAUAAGGAGAGGAGUUGGCCUUCGUUAUAAGUAACGUCGACGAACGGGAUUCCGUUUUAACUUCCGAUCGAUCGCCCUCGCGCUUAGGAGUUGCGAUCCUAUCUCUGAUCUGCUUCUCGCGGGAUUCUGUCUACCGAUCUCGCCGACAAGGAUUAUUUCAACCAUGGAAGGAAGCUCCUAUGGAGGGAGGGAGUCAACUUCAACUUUGAUGUUAUGCUAGUUGUAUAUGGCUAUAAGUCAUGCUGCUUUGGUACAUUGAAGUGCCAGUGGCUUAUAUUACUUGUGCAUGAUGAUUAUUCAACAUCUGAAGGGCUUCAGUUGUUUACUUCCAUUCCAACCCUCAAUAAUGCAGCUUCAUAUCUUGCACAAACAACAACAUACUUUACAAGUUGCUUUGUUGGUUCUGCUGGUGAUGUUGAGCUUGAUGAAGCGCAGGAAUUGAUAACUCUUUCUCCUACACAAGAAUACAGGUCAUCUGGUGAUGACAGCACUUCUUCAUCCACAAUCGAGGAAAUGGGUGCAAGUUCAUCUCAGGGAAGAAAUGAACCAUUGGUGUCAAGCCGCAUUUUGCAAAAUGGAUCUUCAGUGUUCAAAGGCCUUAUAGAACGGGCAAGGAAAACUGUUCGUGGUUCAGCAGAUGACAUAGGAUGGCUACAACGAGCUAUAGACAUGCCUCCAGUUGAAGAUGGAACUCGACGUUUUCGGGAGAUACAAGAGAGUAUAAGGAAUAACGAGCACAAGUUGCCAAACUCUGUAGUUUACUUGUUGGUUCCAGGCCUUUUCAGCAACCAUGGGCCCCUGUACUUUGUCAGUACAAAAACAUACUUCUCGAAGAUGGGGCUAACUUGCCACAUAGCGAAGAUUCACAGCGAGGCUUCUGUUGAAAAAAAUGCGAGAGAGAUAAAGCAGUACAUAGAAGAAAUCUUCUGGGGCUCAAGAAAACGUGUGCUGCUUCUCGGGCACAGCAAGGGUGGAGUUGAUGCCGCAGCUGCUUUAUCUUUGUACUGGUCUGAGUUGAAGGAUAAGGUUGCUGGACUGGCCUUAGCUCAGAGUCCUUAUGGAGGAAGCCCAAUUGCUUCUGACAUUCUGCGUGAAGGUCAGCUCGGAGACUAUGUCAGUCUGCGGAAAAUCACGGAAACUUUGAUUUGCAAAAUCCUCAAGGGUGAUUUACAGGCACUAGAAGAUCUGACGUACGAGCGCAGGAGAGAGUUUUUAAGAAAAAACCCAUUGCCGCAGGAACUUCCUCUCGUUUCCUUCCACACAGAAGCAGGAAUCAAGCCUGGCGUCCUCGCUACAUUUUCCCCAGUGGCGCAUGCUGAGCUUCCUAUCAUCAUGCCGCUCGCCGACGGCCAGCCCACGAAGCUUCCAGUGGUCAUGCCGCUCGGAGCUGCCAUGGCUGCCUGUGCUCAACUGUUGCAGGUGAGAUACGGGGAGAAAAGCGACGGCCUUGUGACGAGAAGAGAUGCUGAGGUUCCUGGUUCCGUUGUGGUUCGGCCGGACGAGAAGCUUGACCAUGCAUGGAUGGUGUACUCGUCCUCCAAGAAUGAACCUGUCGAAACCGAUGCAUCUAAAGUCUGCGAAGCCCUUCUAACACUGCUUGUGGAGGUUGCACAUAAGAGAACGCAUGACCUUACUAACAAAGAUGAGUAAAGGUGACGGGCCACAAUGGGCAAGAAUCGUGCCUGCAAAUUGUAAAUCUGACCAUGUCUUUGUAGUUUUUUACACACAAUUUACCAUACGUUUCCUUUUUCUUUCCUUCUUUCUUUUUAUUUUCUUUAUAAUAUAAAGUGACAAAAGUUAAG